CCGUUGUCACGAGUUGGCUUAUGACCGCUGGUGGUGGGGAUGGGUAGGUAGUGAAGGCGCAGCUGCGGCCGCGGGUCUGAUGUUUUAUCUUUUUUAGAGUUUUAAAGCGCUUCAGCCGCGCCGCCCCGACAUGGCCAACAUCACCAAGAAGGUGUCGUGGUCCGGCCGGGGAGAGGAGCGGACCCCGCUGCUCAACGGCUCGGAGGAGGUCCGCUACAGCAGACAGUCGUCCGGAGGCAGUGUGUUCCACAUAGGCAGGCUGAGCACUGUAGACCUUGACGAGGACAUCACACCAGAAGAGGAUCCUGUGAGGAGCAAACCAAAGGAGAUUCCACACAAUGAAAAGCUGCUUUCGCUCAAGUACGAGAGUCUGGACUAUGACAACAGUGAGAAUCAGUUAUUUCUGGAGGAGGAAAGGCGCAUGAGUCACAUGAGCUUCAGAUGUCUGGAGAUCAGUCGCUGGGUCAUCUGUGGUCUCAUCGGUUUUCUGACCGGACUCAUCGCUUGCUUCAUUGACAUUGCGGUGGAGUAUCUGGCUGGAGUGAAGUAUGAUUUAGUCAAAGAGAACAUAGAGAAGUUCACAGAAGUUGGAGGUCUCUCCAUCUCCUUGAUCCUCUGGGCGGUGCUGAACUCUGCUUUCGUCAUGGUCGGUGCAUUGGCGGUUGCGUUCUUUGAGCCUGUUGCAGCAGGUAGUGGAAUUCCUCAGAUUAAAUGCUAUCUGAACGGAGUGAAGGUUCCUCGAGUCGUCCGGCUCAAGACUCUACUGGUGAAGGUGUUUGGUGUGAUCUGCUCUGUAGCGGGAGGCCUGGCUGUGGGAAAGGAAGGGCCUAUGAUCCACUCUGGAGCUGUGGUGGCAGCUGGUGUGUCGCAGGGCAGGAGCACCUCACUAAAGAGGGACUUCAAGAUUUUUGAGUAUUUCCGCCGGGACACAGAGAAGAGAGACUUUGUGUCUGCUGGAGCUGCUGCUGGAGUCUCUGCUGCGUUUGGAGCUCCUGUUGGUGGAGUUCUGUUCAGUUUAGAAGAAGGAGCAUCUUUCUGGAACCAGAUGCUGACCUGGAGGAUUUUCUUCGCCUCAAUGGUCUCCACGUUCACCUUGAACUUUUUCCUGAGUAUUUAUCACAAAAAACCUGGAGAGCUGUCCAGUCCUGGUCUCAUCAACUUCGGAAGAUUCGACAUGGAUAAUGUGGAGUACAGUCUCUAUGAGAUUCCUCUCUUCAUAAUAAUGGGAGCGAUAGGUGGAGUUUUGGGAGCGCUGUUCAACGUUCUCAACUACUGGCUGACGAUUUUCAGGAUCAGGUACAUGCACCGGCCGUGUCUGCAAGUGAUGGAGGCCAUGCUGGUCGCCGCGGUGACGGCCACCGUGUCCUUCGCUAUGAUCUAUUUCUCUAAUGACUGCCAGCCUCUGGAAACGGUGACAUCUGAGGAUUAUCCUCUACAGCUCUUCUGUGCUGAUGGAGAAUACAACGCCAUGGCAACAGCGUUCUUCAACACACCCGAGAGGAGCGUGAGAAGUCUGUUCCAUAAUCCCCCAGGCACCUAUAACCCGCUGACCCUCGGCCUCUUCACCCUGACCUACUUCUUCCUGGCGUGCUGGACGUACGGCCUGACCGUUUCAGCAGGAGUCUUCAUUCCCUCACUGCUGAUCGGGGCAGCCUGGGGGCGGCUCUUCGGCUUACUGUUGUCCCUCAUGACCACCGGAAAACUGGUAUGGGCGGAUCCUGGAAAGUACGCGCUGAUGGGAGCUGCAGCUCAGCUCGGUGGAAUUGUGAGAAUGACGCUGAGUCUGACAGUCAUUCUGGUGGAAGCGACAGGAAACGUUACCUACGGUCUGCCCAUCAUGCUGGUGCUGUUGACUGCCAAGAUUGUGGGAGACUAUUUUAUUGAAGGCCUUUACGAUGUACACAUUAAGCUGCAGAGUGUUCCUUUCCUGCACUGGGAGGCUCCUGCUACCUCUCACUGGCUGACAGCAAGAGAGGUCAUGAGCUCUCCAGUUACCUGCUUUAACCGAGUGGAGAAGGUGGGCACCAUCGUGGAUGUUCUCAGCAACACGUCUACCAAUCACAACGGUUUCCCUGUGAUCAUCCAGGCUGCUGCCAGUGAAGAGCCCGGGAAGCUCUGCGGCCUCAUCCUUCGUUCUCAGCUCAUCGUUCUUCUGAAGCACAAGGUGUUUGUGGAGAGGGCUCGUUCAAGGCUGAGUCAGCGUAAGCUGCAGCUGAAGGACUUCAGAGAUGCCUACCCACGAUUCCCUCCGAUCCAGUCCAUCCACGUGUCCCAGGACGAGAGGGAGUGCAUGAUGGACCUGACGGAGUUCAUGAACCCGACCCCCUACACUGUGCCUCAGGAAACGUCGCUCCCUCGUGUGUUUAAGCUGUUCCGGCCGCUGGGGCUCAGGCACUUGGUGGUGGUGGAUGAUGAAAACAGGGUCGUUGGGUUGGUGACCAGGAAGGAUCUUGCUCGCUAUCACCUGGGUAAGCAUGGUCUGGAGGAGCUGCACCUGGCUCACACAUGAUGACCACCGGCCCUCCAUACCCUCGCUCGCCUUCUGCCCACCCUCGCUGUUGGAGCCCCCUGACUGCAGCAGGCAGGAUCUGGAGACGCUCAACAGAUUAAAUACGUUCCAGACAUGGCGGACACACACCUGCAGCCCACAGGCGAUACCAGUAAAGGCCUGGAUACACCUGGAAGACAUUUCCUUCAGAGACAGAGAAUUCAUACUGAUUCUGAGAAAAAAACUCUCCGGGUCUCAGAGCUGAAAGACAGUGUUUUAACGAAGGCUGGGAUUUAACAGACUGUUUAAUGAAGCUGGUGUGUGUUUCAGGACACUUUCCACACUCUUUAGUUUCUGGACUCUUCAUAUUGUAUCCAGGUCUUUUGUUAAUAAUAAUUUAAGGGCUCAGUUGAGUUAGAGUGUAGACGUUUUGCUGCCUGUUGGUUUACAAAGCGAGCACAUUACAAAGCAUUUUUACGUUUUGCACUGCUGCACCACUGUGUUUAUUUAUUGCUUUUGAAGCCUUUGUUUUUUUUUUCAUCCAUCAUAUUCUCAUCACCCCUAAAUCUAUAUGUUCUUUCACAUUUCUUGCAUUUUUGGAUUUUGGCAUUUUGUUUAAUAUGUUUAAUGUUAAAUAUAAUCUUAAAAAUAAUGGUACUUCAAAUGGUUUAAGAAUCACUGGCCUUAUUCACCAAGCAGUCUUAAGAAGAUCGUCUUAAAAUAUUGAGAGUCCGACAUUCGCUAAUUUUUUGUUCUGCAUUUUAAAACACAUCCUAAAUCUAAUGUAGACUUUCUGUUUAAGGAAAUUCUUGGGAAUUUUAAGAAAAUUCUUGGGAGUUUUAAGUCAAUUCUUGGGAAUUUUAGGUAAAUUCUUAGGAAUGUAUUGGUGAACGAGGCUUAUAGUUUAAUAGAGAUCUACGAUUGUGAAGAGCCUUUUAAAUGUUAGACAAAGUUUAGGGUUCUUUACAGUCUUUUUUUUUUUUUUUUUUGUAACUGAUAUGGUCCUUAACGGAACAAAAAUUGCUCAAAAUUUGCUUAAAGAACCAUUUAAAGCACCAUUAUUAUUUUUAAAAGAUCCUGUUGACAUAAAGGACAAAGUUAAAGCAUCUUUCGAUUAAAUUGAUUUUUUUUAAUAAUUCAUUUCAAAUUUUACCCCAUUUUCUAUUUAAUGUUAGACAAAUUGCUCAAAUCCCUCCUCGAUAGAAGCCAAUGCAAUCAGAGGAAAGCGCCGGAUCCCCAGCUCUGAUACAUCAGCUAACAGAUGUCUGUGCUGACUAACAUCACACUAUUGGACUGAUGUGUGAAGAAAGCAUGGCCACCAUUGCUCGUUGCUCUCUCUCAGACUCCGGCUGCUGAUGCUUGAUCCACGAUUCAAACCAUAGUGACUGCCUUAGUUUGCUGGACCAGGUGGAGCCAAAAUUAGAGCUGAGCUGAGAGUUUCAUCAGCUCUUCGUAAUUAAAGUACACUGAUUAUAGCUAUGUUUUGAUUUUAAUUCAUUUUUCACUCAUUUUCAGACUCCCCUCCUAAAGUUGAAAGUGGCCAAUAGAAAUCUGUAUAAUAGCCAUAUAAUACAGCUCUGGAAAAAAAUAAGAGACAUUUCCUCAUUUAGAGCAUUUAUUUGCAGAAAAUGAGAAAUGGCUGAAAUAACAAAAAAGAUGCAGAGCUUUCAGACCUCAAAUAAUGCAGAGAAAACAAGCUCAUAUUUCUAAAGUUUUAAGAGUUCAGAAAUCAAUCAAUAUUUGGUGGAAUAACCCUGGUUUUUAACCACAGUUUUUGUGAAUCUUGGCAUCAUGUUCUCCUCCACCAGUCUUACACACUGCUUUUGGAUAACUUUAUGCUGCUUUACUCCUGGUGCAAAAAUUCGAGCAGUUCAGUUUGGUUUGAUGGCUUGUGAUCAUCCAAUUUGGUCAAAUCAAAGAAACUCAACAUUUUAUUACGAACGUAGGCUAAUUUAGCUAUGUGUUUUUUGUUGUUUUUUUGUUAAUCAAACGAUACAUUUCUUCAACACUUCUUUUCACUGAUUGUGAAGAGUUGAGAAAAUCUCACACAGAUUUACGUUUUUUUUGCACAGUGUUAUUGAUUUAAUGUUCUGGCAAGACCAGACACAAUGUUGAGCCUUGCUGAAGAUUUUAUACAGUUUUUCAGAACAUGCAUCCAUAAACCGCCAUAUCAUUAUAACCACUCCACAAGACCUUUUUGGCACCAAGACUAACAUUAGCCUUCUUUAAGCUCUGCACAAAUCAGUGAGAGCCUCCAGUUCAGCAAAUAGUUCUUAUUUAUUGAUCAGCGUUUGGUAGGUAUUGUCCAAUGCAUACUAAUAACACCUAAAUAAUACAAAACCUGCCCAGAACUUGGAGAUGUUUUCAUCCUCCAGUCGUCGUCCAGUCAUCACAGCUUGACUUAUUUGUUCUGCUUCCAGCUUAUCAACUUCAAAAACUGACUGUUAACUGACUCCCACCUCCUAUCAGGUGCCAUAAUAACCAAAUAAUCACUGCUCCUCGCUUCAUCCCUCAGUGGUUUUAAUGUUCUGGCUAAUCAGUGUCCACAGGGUCUCCUGCUGUUGAGUAUUUGCACUGUACAAAUUUUGCGAAUUAACAAACAAGUGAAGGUACUCCUAUCUGUAGCUAAUGAAUAACUGCAUUCAUGAUGUCGAUGUUAAAAAAUUGUUUUCUGUGAAAAUUGUAUCUUAAAACAGAACAGCUUCGGUCCGACAGUAUAAAAAAAUAUUAAUAAUGUAUGUCUGGGCAGUCUAUUCAUUUAUCAGUUUUGUAUAAAGAGCCUUAAUUCUGUAAACAUUAGGAACAUUAUUAUUACGCAAGCGAUCAGCUUUGGUCUUCAUACAGAUGUAAAAAAAAAAAAGUUUUUAAGAGAACCGUAAUAAUGUCCUCUACUUUUGUACAGUUGUUUGUUUGACAAUAAAGAAUAAAAGAACUGA